AUGCUGUGGGUUUUGCUUUUUGUUCUCUUACCUUUUGUUUGGGGGAAUCUGGGAGAGAUAGAAGAUGUGGAUCAGCCUGGCACGCUAUAUUGUGGACUAAGGAGUUUUCAGUUUACACUUCCUCUUCUGAGUCAGUAUGGAAAGAACCCUGGACUGAUAGUUUGGGAUGAGAAAGGGAUGCUGCACGCACUACAGAACGAUUCAACCUGUGGGACUUGGAUCAUCUACAGCUCACCUGAGUCCAUCCAGCUUGAAGCUUCCUAUUCUGGAUGUUAUGUUACCAAAUGGGAUGCCUAUUACAUAAUGCCUCUUGGGGUCUCAGGCCUAGAUGUUGAUGGAAGUAAGACUGUUCACAAGGUGAAGGUGCUCAAGUGUUCAUUCAUUCUUCCAGCCCUAGAUGCUCCAGGUCCUUCCCUAUGUGAUGUCAAAACCGAGGACAGGCUGUCCUGUGCUGUUCCAUCCAUCACCAGAGGAGACUGUGAGAACCUAGGCUGCUGCUAUAACUCUGAAGAUGAAGUCAAUCCUUGCUACUAUGGAAACACAGUGACUGCCCAGUGUACCCCAGAUGGCCAAUUACGUGUUGCUGUUUCUCAGAACAUGACUCUGCCAUCAUUGCUUUUGGAUUCAGUACAUCUGGUUUCUGGACUGGAUGCUAAAUGUGAUCCAGUGGAAAAAACUGAUGCCUUUGUCCUGUUCCAGUUCCCACUCUCUGCCUGUGGUACCAUUGUACAGAUGACUGGUAAGCAGGCAAUAUAUGAGAAUGAGCUAUUGGCAUCCAGGGAUGUGAGAAACUGGACACGUGGGUCAAUCACUAGGGACAGCAUCUUCAGGCUUCAUAUCAGCUGUAACUACUUGAUAAGAGGCAACAUUCUCCCAGCUAGUAUCCAGGUCUUCACCCUCCCCCCGCCACUUCCUGUUACCAAGCCAGGGCCUCUGGCUCUGGAACUGCAUAUUGCUAAAGAAGAGGACUAUAGUUCGUACUUUGUGGCCACUGAAUACCCGCUAACAAAGCUACUUCGAGAUCCAAUUCCUGUGGAGGUUCGGAUCCUACAUAGAACAGAUCCAAACCUGGUUCUGCUUCUGCACCAUUGUUGGGCAACCCCAAAUUCCAAUCCUCUGCAUCCAACCCAAUGGCCCAUCCUAGUGGAGGGAUGCCCCUUUGCAGGAGAUAACUAUUGGACAAAGAUGGUAUCCAUGCCAGGAACUUCAACACUGCAGUUUCCUUCUCACUACAAGCGUUUCAUCAUCUAUACCUUCACCUUUGUGGAUUCUGCUUCUAAGAAGGCACUCACAGGACCGGUAUAUCUACACUGCAGUGCUUCUGUCUGUUGGCGCUCAGGACCAGAUUCCUGCACAAUAACCUGCCCUGUGGGAAGAAAACGGAGGAGCUCUGAGUCCCAACCUUGGAACAAGACUUCAAGUGUUUCUAGCAAGGGGCCUAUAUUUUUCCUUCAAGUUGCUGAGAGCUCUUAUCAGUCAGGUUCAGUCCUGGACAUAAGAGCACUCUGGCUUACUAUAUCUGGGAUACUAAUUGUGGCAUUCCUGUUGAUAUCCAUCCUAACACUGAGGAGACUGAAAUAA